AUGAGGCCGCACGGCCCCAGGGCUCUAUUGCGCAACAAAGAGAACCCUGAACUUGAAAGGAUUCCCGGGCUCUGCUGCCGCCCCCAGGCUGCUCUCCGCCCGCGCUGCUGCCCAUCGGUCCCGCAGGGCCCCGCUCGGCCGCCGCCCAGGGAGGAGCUCUCGGCGCGGAGCCUUCACAUCUCCAACACGCCCCCCGCCCGCCACGCCCGCUCCCACCCCACCACCGCCGCGGUCCCCGCUCCUCUGUCCUCCGAUCCCCCGCCCGACCUGGCGCUCGGUCCGACCCCAGCGGGGCCCCCGGCCCUGCCUAGCCCCGAGGGCGCGUCCGAGCGGCGGCCGGGAGCCGAACGCCGACGGGACUGCGGUCCCGGACGCCCCCCGAGCUUCUCUGGACAGGGACCGCGGACAGCCCCUCCCCGCCCGAAGUCCCCCAGCCUGGGGUCGCCUGCCCGGCCGCCUCCGGACCAGGGCGGCGCUUACCCUGCAUUCGGGCGCCCGAGGCUCCAGUUCGCUGCUCCCGCCUCCGGCUCCGGCUGCGGCUCCCGCGCCCCCUGGCCGAGCGCGGGCCGCCGGGUGCCGCGAGGGCGGCCGGCGGCGGAGCGGCCCGCGGGCCAGGGCAUCCUGGCGGCGGCCGCCCGAGGCCGGCGAGUUCCGCUCAACUCGACCCCGCCGCCACUCCCUCCCUCCCCUCGCGCCGCCGCCACCGCCACCGCGGCCGCGCUCGGAUCCCGCCGCUCGGCUGGCUGCGCCCCGGCGGCCGGGGGCGGGGGGCGGAGCAGGGCGCAUGCCUCCGCGGGCGCCUCCGCGCCGCCCCUCGGACCGCCCCGCCCCCGCCUCUCGGAGGCGCGGCCCGCUGAGUCUGUCUGUCGGUCCGCGAGUCUGUGGGUCCUCAGUCUCGCGUCGGCGGGGGCGCGCCCUCCGCAUGCGCGCCUCCCGGCCGAAGCCCCCUAG